AGGCCCUCCACCAGGAUAUCCAUGCAUACAUCAUGACCGAUAUGUCGUAUUCGCCAUGAGUAAUUUGAUAUUUUAAAACGUUUUAAAGAUAAUGUUUGAUCAAUAAUCGAUGUAUAAGCCACAUGAUUCUCCUGCCGUAGAUUAUGAGCGAAGAUAUAGAGUAUAAAUAAGAUGUUAUGAUCUUAGCUCCAUCUGGUCAUAAUGGAAUCAUACUCGAUGGAUCCUGUAGUCCAAAGAAAGGUUCACGCAUCAUCUCAAAACAACCUUGCAGAUGACUCAAAUGAAAAAAAUUCAGAAACAAAAGGACCCAGAAAGAUAAUCAAUAGAUUUUUUCAUUACACGACAAUUAAUGGUCUUCAACGUUUGGCAUCUGCUGGUACGAUAUUGGGUCGUUUAUUUUGGAUUGCAGUUGUUCUUGGUGCUGCGGCAUUGUUUUCUAAAGAUAUUUAUGAUCUAGUGCAACAGUUUUAUUCACGUCCCGUGAGUGUUGUGUCGAAAAUUGAAUAUUUCAGGGGUAUGGAAUUUCCUGCUGUCACUUUUUGUAAUGUAAAUCCAAUAAGAAAGAGUGAAGUCAGUGCGAAGCUUAAAGAAAAAAUUGAGGAACGGGAUAACAACACCUGCUUCCGCGAAGAUUUACGAGGUAAAAACAGCAAAUGCGAGGAAGAUAAUGAUGAGGAAGAAGAAUUUGAAAACGAGAUAGAUCAUAUUUUAUCUGCAAUUGACGAAGAGACGUUGGUAAAAAGUGGUCAUCAACUGGGUCAGUUUAUUGUUAGUUGUCGCUUUAAUGGAAAACGUUGCAGAAAUGAGAAGUACUGGGUGCGAUUUUGGGAUCCUUAUUAUGGCAAUUGUUUCACAUUAAACAGUCUUUUUCUUGGAAGAGACCCCAACAUACCGUCAUUUAAAGCCAAUAAACCAGGGAGUUCGUACGGGUUAAAAUUGGUUUUCAAUCUUCAGUUGGAUGAGUAUAUCCCUCAGUUGACAAAAGAUGCUGGUAUUAAAGUAUCUAUUACUGAACGUGAUGAGAUGCCAUUUCCUAUCUAUAACAGUCUAAGCCUCGCACCAGGAUUUAAUAACGAGAUUGCAAUGAAAAGGACAAAAAUUGAACGGAUUGACAGAUUUGAAAACGGUAGUUGUCAAGCAAGUCGGGCAUUAGGGGAAAAGAACCCUUACAGGAUAAAGUAUGGUGCAGGCUAUAGUGUCCAGGCGUGUCUUCAAUAUUGUUAUGCGCAAAGCCAAAUCCAAAAGUGUGGUUGUGCUGAAUAUUCCUUCUCUGGCGCUGCUGCAAAGGGAAAAAUUUGUAAUGAAAAUGAUGAGACAAGUGAUGCCUGCAUUGAUAAGUGGAAAGAUGCAGAUAGUACUUGUGAAAAUGAUUCGAGAUUCAUGUUCGGAAACAAUUUACGAAAGCAGUUUGACGUUUACGAAAUGGCCGUAUGAAAAAUCGGUGGAAACUGUUUUGGAAUCGCUUGGUUUCAAUUAUUCAGACUAUGGCAGGAAUAUCAAUGAAAUAAGAGGCAAUUUUUUGGCUGCAAAUAUAUUUUUCAAACGAUUUAGAGAAACGAAGAUUGAGGAAAGUCUCAGCUACCAGACAGCAAAUUUGCUGGCUGAUAUUGGUGGUCAAGUUGGUCUUUGGGCUGGCCUCAGCGUUAUAUCCAUGUGUGAACUGCUUGAGCUUGUGGUUCUACUUUUUCGAAACUUUUUUCAAAGACGGAAUCGUUGACAACUUUCACUGAAGAUUACGAUUAGUAUACGUGCAUCGUAUUUAAACUUUACUUUAAUAUACUUAUAGACUAUUUUGUCUAGUGUUAAAAGUAAAGAGUAAAGUUCUACAAAGUUUAACUUCUCUUCGACACAAAUCAACAAUUUAUAAUAAUGGCGUCCAUAAUCACGAAUACAGAAUUCAUAGUA